ACACGCACACCUCCAAACCGCAGCCCCCCGCAGCAGUCAUGUAUUCUCCGCUCUGUCUCACCCAGGAUGAAUUUCAUCCCUUCAUCGAAGCACUUCUGCCUCACGUCCGAGCGUUUGCAUACACGUGGUUCAACCUGCAAGCCCGAAAAAGAAAAUACUUCAAAAAACAUGAAAAACGCAUGUCAAAAGAGGAAGAGAGAGCCGUGAAGGACGAACUGCUAAGUGAAAAACCCGAGGUAAAGCAAAAAUGGGCAUCCAGACUUCUGGCAAAGCUCCGGAAAGAUAUCAGGCCUGAAUUUCGGGAGGAUUUUGUUCUCACAGUCACAGGAAAAAAGCCUCCGUGUUGCGUUCUUUCCAAUCCAGACCAGAAGGGCAAGAUGAGAAGAAUUGACUGCCUUCGCCAGGCAGAUAAGGUCUGGAGGUUGGACCUUGUUAUGGUGAUUUUAUUUAAAGGUAUUCCGCUCGAAAGUACUGAUGGCGAGCGCCUUGUAAAGUCCCCACAGUGCUCUAACCCCGGGCUGUGCGUACAGCCCCACCAUAUAGGAGUUUCUGUUAAGGAACUCGAUUUAUAUUUGGCAUACUUUGUGCACGCAGCAGAUUCAAGUCAAUCUGAAAGUCCCAGCCAGCCAAGUGAAGCUGAUAUUAAGGACCAGCCAGAAAAUGGACAUUUGGGCUUCCAGGACAGUUUUGUCACAUCAGGUGUUUUCAGUGUGACUGAGCUAGUAAGAGUCUCACAAACACCGAUAGCUGCAGGAACAGGCCCUAAUUUCUCCCUCUCAGAUUUGGAAAGUUCUUCAUACUACAGCAUGAGCCCAGGAGCAAUGAGGAGGUCUUUACCUAGCACAUCCUCUACCAGCUCUACAAAACGUCUCAAGUCUGUGGAGGAUGAGAUGGACAGUCCUGGUGAGGAGCCGUUUUAUACAAGCCAAGGGCGCUCUCCAGGAAGUGGCAGCCAGUCAAGUGGAUGGCAUGAAGUGGAGCCAGGAUAUCUAAGAAACCCCGAACACCGCGGAGCACUACAUGGAAUGCCAUCGCCAACUACAUUAAAGAAGUCAGAGAAGUCUGGUUUCAGCAGUCCCUCGCCUUCGCAGACCUCCUCCCUUGGAACGGCUUUCACACAGCACCAUCGACCUGUCAUUACAGGACCCAGAGCAAGUCCACAUGCAACACCAUCGACUCUUCAUUUUCCAACAUCACCCAUUAUUCAACAGCCUGGGCCAUACUUCUCACACCCAGCAAUCCGCUAUCAUCCUCAGGAGACUCUGAAAGAGUUUGUCCAACUUGUCUGCCCCGACGCUGGUCAGCAGGCUGGACAGGUGGGGUUCCUAAAUCCCAAUGGUAGCAGCCAAGGCAAGGUGCACAAUCCAUUCCUUCCUACCCCAAUGUUGCCACCACCACCUCCGCCACCAAUGGCUAGGCCUGUGCCUCUGCCAGUGCCAGACACAAAACCUCCAACUACAUCAACAGAAGGAGGGGCCACCUCUCCCACUUCUCCAAUCCUGGUACCUGGGAUAAAAGUCUCCGCUUCCCACCACCCACCGGACAGACCACCAGACCCCUUCCCACCUCUGUAACACGGAAGCAGCAGCAACGCAGCGCAGCGACUUCACAUCGGCGGAAGGGGAGGCGAGCAGACACCGACAGCAAACUAGUACAUGGAAAUGGCAAACGUUAUGGUUGAAUGGCAAAGGCCGUAACUUUUUCGAGAUUUUAUUUUUUAUUUUUUUUUUUUUAGACAACUUAGGACUGUUGUAAUUUCUCAUAUGGUGCUGGAAAUGGUUGGGCUUCAUAACUUUUGAAGUGUUUCAUUGGUAGUGUAAGCGUUAGGUGACACUGAGUAGAACUAGCCUCUGCUGCUGCUUACCAACUCGCUGUUGUAACACACUUUCCAUAUGGAGCCUAACUGUUUUACAGUAUCCUCAUCGAUUUUUCCCAUACAGGUGUGAGACUUCUUGAGAAAUCAUGAAACACACUUAAACUAUAACUUUUGUAGUAGCUGAAUUCUGCAAUAUAUAACUUACCGGACAGACAUAGAGCAUGUUUUUCUGUAACAUAUCGGAAAAAAAAUUGCAGGUUUUUUUUUUUGUUGUUGGGUUUUUUUUUUACAGUCGGCACUUAGAUACGUAACAUGAACCAUAAGAGCAUUGUCAACAAUUUUUUUCCACUCAAUUGCAGAGCGAUUUAAAACAUCGAACUACUACUAUUCACUAAAAAAAAAGAAAAAAAAGAAAAAAGUUUGAAAUGCUGCACUUACAUUUAAAAAAAAACAUUUUUCAACAAUUUUCAACAAUUACACAAAAAUUCACGCAGAAAUGGGGAAGUUGGUCUGUUUUGACAGAAACUGACAGGAAUCAAUCAAAACAAUCGAAUUUUGAAUUGAGUAAAGUGCAAUUUCAUUGGAUAGCUAAAUAUCUUUGUAAGAUAGAGAUUGUUGAAAAUUCUAUUUUUGUUUUCCAAGUCCUUCCACCCCAGGACUCUAAAUUAUUGGGGUAAAAAACAGCCUUGCAAGAAAAAGGGGAGCUAUUUUUGCUUUUUAUGUUUUUUAUUGUUGAACUUGUAUCCCUUUAAAACUGAAGGAAAAUUAAAAAAAAAAAAAAACAAAUCUAAUGGUGCUUUUACCACAAUAUGUUAACUACAUUAAAUGCUAAUUAAUCAUUUUCUGUUAUCAAAGCACAUAACUAAAAUGAAAUCAUAAUAUCUGUUAAUUUUAUAAGCUAAAAGUCACUAUAAUGGAUUAUGCCAAUUCUGACAAAUUUUACGUGUUUCCGGCAAUAUAGGGUUUAUCAGUUCUCAAACACCUUGGGAAUAAGAGAGAACGGUCCAGAAAGUAAAACACCUUCGUGUCCCUGAACUGGUACAUUUUCUGGACUGCGAAGAAAACAAUACAGAAACGAAUGAUGCUGAUCUUACAACUUAUGCCAGUUCAAAGCAAGGGCACUUGCUGAAGAAGAAAAAAAAGA